AUGCGAGCAGCAGAGCAGCGUCAGUGUGAACCACCAAGAGACAGACGCAUGAUGAAGCUCUCGCUCCUCUCGAUGGCGCUCGUGACCGCCCUGGUUGUCCGGUGCACGGUCGGUCAGCGCUUCCCCGUUCCUCCUGACAUCCCUGAUCGCCAGGAGCCGGAUGGAGGACCAAAGCUCGAACCGUUCGAAGAUCACGGAGGACCCCGGCUGAUUCCUGCCGAAUUGCAGCCGCAGCCGUGAUGCAUUUUUCGAAUCCUCCAGAUAAUUCUUUUUUUUUUAAGGAAAAUGUCAUUAUUAUUCAAUAUUUUAAUAUUCAUGGGGAUAAAAAUGGACUGUUAAAUGAUA